CCGCUUCAUUCGCUCUCUUCUGCGCGUCAUCCAGACGGCAAAAAACAAAAGACGAAUAAUAAGUGGAAUAAAAGAACCCUAGGCUUUCUGCAGAAAACAAUGGAAGCGGAGGCAAGCGGGCUCAAGAAACAGCAGCUACACACCAAGCUCAAUGGACCAACGAAUUCCAUGGUUACGCCCCUCCUUACAGAUCUCUAUCAGUUCACCAUGGCUUAUGCUUACUGGAAAGCCCGCAAGCAUCUCGAACGAGCUGUGUUUGAUUUAUUUUUCCGUAGGAACCCGUUUGGUGGUGAAUAUACUGUGUUUGCUGGUCUUGAAGAAUGCGUUCAGUUCAUUGCUAACUUUAAAUUUACAGAGGAAGACAUCUUAUAUCUCCGCUCAUCCCUGCCUAAUUGUGAGGAUGGCUUUUUUGAUUAUCUCAGAGGAAUCAACUGCUCUGAUGUUGAAGUGUAUGCUAUUUCUGAGGGGUCAGUUGUUUUUCCAAAGAUACCCUUAUUGAGGGUUGAAGGACCAAUUGCUGUGGUUCAACUCUUGGAAACUCCUUUUGUGAAUCUUAUCAACUACGCAUCAUUAGUUGCUACAAAUGCUGCGAGACACCGGUUUGUUGCAGGGAAGUCCAAAGUUCUACUUGAGUUUGGGCUUCGACGAGCACAGGGACCUGAUGGUGGAAUAAGCGCAUCAAAAUAUUGCUAUAUUGGUGGAUUUGAUGCCACAAGCAAUGUUGCAGCUGGGCAGUUAUUUGGGAUUCCACUUCGUGGAACACAUUCUCAUGCCUUUGUUAGCUCAUUCAUGAGCCCCAAUGAGAUUAUUGACAAAUCACUUUGUCGUAAUGAUGGCUCAAGUACUUGUGAAGAUUUUGUUAGUCUGGUGCAGACCUGGCUAAGAAAAAUUCAGUGGACACAUUCAUUGCAUGGUGUUUUUGGUGAGACCAAUCAAAGCGAGUUGGCAGCUUUUAUCUCAUAUGCAUUGUCAUUCCCCCAAAACUUUCUAGCCCUUGUCGAUACAUAUGAUGUUAUGAGAAGUGGAGUUCCUAAUUUCUGUGCAGUUGCUUUAGCACUUGCUGAUUUGGGGUAUAAAGCAAUUGGCAUUAGGUUGGACUCUGGUGACAUCGCAUACUUGUCUAUUGAGGCUCGGAAAUUCUUCUGUGCAAUUGAAAAAGAAUUUGAAGUACCUGGAUUUGGAAAUAUGACCAUUACUGCUAGCAACGACCUCAAUGAGGAAACUUUGGAUGCAUUAAACAAACAGGGACAUGAAGUUGAUUCAUUUGGAAUUGGUACCUACCUGGUAACAUGUUAUGCUCAAGCUGCUCUAGGUUGUGUCUUCAAGCUGGUUGAGAUUAAUAAUCUGCCUCGCAUUAAACUAUCUGAAGAUGUUUCAAAGGUUUCAAUACCAUGUAAGAAAAGAUGUUACAGAUUAUAUGGGAGAGAAGGCUACCCUCUGGUAGACAUUAUGACUGGAGAAAAUGAACCACGUCCAAAGGCAGCAGAACGGGUUUUAUGCCGUCAUCCUUUCAAUGAAUCCAAGAGAGCAUAUGUGGUUCCACAGCGUGUUGAGGAGCUGUUGAAGUGUUAUUGGCCUGGAGAUUCAGGUAAAGCAAGAGAAGAAUUAUCACCCCUUAAGGAGAUAAGGAACCAUUGCAUGAGACAGUUGGAUCAAAUGCAGCCUGAUCAUAUGAGGAGGCUGAACCCAACACCUUACAAGGUGAGUGUAAGUGCAAAGUUGUACGACUUCAUUCACCUCCUAUGGCUCAAUGAGGCUCCUGUUGGGGAGUUGCAGUAAUGAUAUGGAUAAAAAGUACUUCAAGGUAGUCAUCAUAGGUUGCUGAUCAAAAGGAAAUUGGUCAUCAUCAGUUGCAAGGGAAGCAAUGAUUUCAGUUGCGUGAAGGAGCUUCCUGAAAGAAUUGGGUCCUCAUGUUAAUAUAUUUUGCAUAUAAACAUACAGAUUUCAAUGCGGUAUGGAUCAAAAAUUGUUUUUAUUUAAUAAAGGUGCUAGAUAAAGCACCCUCUUAACUUUCUCCA